AUGAAGAAGCACAAAUCGAAAAGUAUCUACACCUCACGCAGCACAUACUCCGAUCGCGCCAAGAGGGAAAAUGAGUCUUUUCGUGAGGUGAUUGUGCCAAUACAGGAAAUUGAGACUGCACUGCUGCUGCUCAACUCAACCGAGGACUCGGUGCUGUUAACCGUGUUCAAGAACAUCACUGAGUAUGCGCGCAAACAGGAAGAGAAUGUCGAAGAGUUGAAAAGAUUGAAGUUACUCGAUAAGCUGUUGGAGAAGAAAUUAUAUAUGACUACUGAAGCGGUAAUGAUACGAAGAUUCGCUAUGUAUUUGGCUUGCACCAUAGUCGAGAGCAUGAAUAUAUUGCAGGAUGUCGAGCUAGAGAAGACCAUAUAUAUUUUGGAUACCUGCUUGGAGGUUUAUCUGCACGAGGUAGACGAUUUUAGUUUGGAAUAUUUGACUGUAAUCAUCAAUAAGUGUCUGGACGAUCCGCGCGUAGCAAACGAGAUGCUGCAAAAGGCCGACUUCUUGGAGAAGUUCUUUAUGUUAGUGGCCAGCACCGAGAAUCCCGAUAUUUUGUGGCAAUCCUUCGACGCCGUACACAAAAUGCUGCUGUUACUGGAUGCUGAAAAAAUGCUUGCAUUCAGCACGAUGCCGCUAUUUCCCAUAGAUCGUGUGGUCUGUGAUCUCACCAAUGAAUUUGUGGAUAUACGUAGUGCUGCAUUGAAGAUUAUUAAGGAUCUGGUUGUGGACACGAGUGAAAAAUCGACGUUUGCCGACUUGAGUCGUUGUGUCUAUACAUUGCAGCAAUUGACGAAUCUUUUCUGUGAUUUUGCCACAACCGACCAUGGCAGUGAAGCGAUCGAGGCACUAGCGACAGCUAUGCGUACUGAGAAAAUGACGCAACUCUUCUUCGAACACAAUCUCUUCGAGCGCAUUAUGCAGAAUGUAAAUGCGAACUUGCUCGCCUAUGAGGUCUCUGUGAAAUGCAAGGUGAUAUGGAUCUUUGCCGAGAAUGCCAAGUAUGAAUUAUACCUGCAACGGCUUUACGAUGCGAGCGUAACAGAUUUGUUCUUGGAUUGUUUGCUGAAAGGUGAUCCAUAUGGUCCAGCGCCGUAUGUCGUAGCCGGUUUGAAUCAUAUGAUGAAGCACGCGGGUGCAGCCAAUCGGAUAUUGCAGUUCUAUGAGGCUGGCGUUAUAGAGCGUCUAGCAUACAUUAUAUCGCAACCAGCCAUCGAUAUACGCACGCGCGAACAGUCGGCCGAGUUGUUAAACAAUCUUUUGCGUUUUGCAUUCCACGAUACCGCGCACCAAUUGUUGGCACUGCAGAUUGCAAACAUUAUGGGUCGCAUAUUGGGCCAGCAGCAACAAGAUCUUUCGAUUGAUUUCAUCUUAUCACUACUCAAUAUCGUCGAACAGCUGGCGCAGAACGAAGACUAUCGUGAGUUAAUUGGGGAAUCCACUUUGCUCUCAACGAAUAUUGCGCUGCUGCUCAAGAACUCCUUCGCUACCGCGAUUUUGGUGAACAACAUCUUCCGCUGUCUCUGCACGUUAGUGGAUGAGGCGCUCGUACGCACGGUUCUGCUUUCACAUUACAUUGCGCCGUCGAUGAAGCGCGGUCUUAAGUCGCUCUCGAAUCUGGUAAAGACCUCUGUGACGAAUUUCAUUAUGCAAACCACACGUUUUCCCGAGAUGGUACACGAGUAUAUCGAAUCAGGCGUUUUAGAGGUUCUUAUUCUAAACCAACGACUGGCGAUGUGCGUAUCCACUUGGGGUCCCGCCAUCGAGGCGAUACUCUCCAAAUGUCCCAGUCUCAAGUUUUGUAUACGCAAUCAUCUGGGCUUUACAGAUAGCACAGCGGGCAAUGAUUUCCUUGUCUCCAAAAAGAAAUUCGACGAUUUUCGCAUUUUCCAAAAUAUACUGAAAGAGGAUGUGUCACCAUUGCAUCCGAUUUUGGUUGUCAACUUCGAACGUGCGGUCUCACCACCCGAGCUGGUCAUAGAAGUGCCAAUAGAGUGCUUCCCGAUGAAUGAGCGUCAGGGUAUUGCAGGUAGCUGGUGUUACUGCCGCAAGCCUGGUGAUAGUGAUUUGCCACGUAUACUGGAUCUGUUGAAUAGGGAACUAGAAAAAUACGGUUUACUGCAAAACCCGGAAAGAAUGAGCCGUUGCAUUGACUUUGAUAAUUUGGCGAAACGCGCUAAGGUCAUUGCCGACAUAGUGGAAGCUGCACUUUAUAGCGAUCUCAAGCGCUUGGAUCUCAACACUAACGAAGAGUGCUCUAAUCACACCGUCAAAUGCCAUCUAUACGAUCUGGCUAGAUCUUUGCAUUGUAAUUUUAUACCCAUUGGUAUGGUACGCUCGGGUUGUCAGUUUGAGCGCGCGAUUCUAUUUAAAGCCCUAGCCGAUCAAAUUGGUUUGCCUUGUACCCUGCAGCGUGCUGUUGAUGGACAUUUGCUAUUCAAUGAAAUGCCAUUGCCUGUGGAGAUUGAGCAUGAUCCGCACUGUGAUAAGAAGACAAUGAAAUUCAUGCCCUGGCGUAUGUUGCGUCCCACACACAUUGUGGAUUUGAUGUUCAACGUAGGCGAGCUGUAUCCCAUACAGAGUCGACAGGCAUUGCAGUAUUUGCGGUUGUACUGAGAGUCGCUGGUUGAAAAAUAUAAAGCGCAGAGUUUUUUUCAGGAUUUUCUGCACAGAAAGAAACAUUGAAAUAAUAUAUUUAAUACAAGAUUUUUUAAAUUACAAUAAUUCA